AGCAAGCUGCGAUUGAAGUUCACUCACUCACGAACACCAGUGCAACAGAGAAGAUGGCUGCUGGCAAAGCUCAUAUAGGAAAGCUGGCUCCUGAGUUUACAGCCAAGGCUGUGAUGCCGGAUGGCCAAUUUAAGGAUGUGAAGUUGUCUGACUACAGAGGAAAAUAUGUGGUGUUCUUCUUCUAUCCGCUGGAUUUCACCUUUGUUUGCCCCACGGAAAUCAUUGCUUUCAGUGAUGCUGCAGAAGAGUUUAGGAAGAUUGAUUGCGAAGUUAUUGGUGCUUCGGUUGACUCUCAUUUUUGCCAUCUUGCCUGGAUCAACACACCUCGGAAGCAAGGUGGUCUCGGUCACAUGAAGAUUCCAUUGGUAGCUGACACCCUUCGUUCCAUCGCGACAGAUUACGGUGUGCUGAAAGAGGAUGAGGGCAUUGCCUACAGAGGUCUGUUCAUCAUUGAUGACAAAGGAAUCUUAAGGCAGAUCACAAUCAAUGACCUCCCAGUGGGCCGCUCAAUUGAUGAGACCUUGCGACUGGUUCAGGCAUUUCAAUUCACUGACAAACACGGAGAAGUUUGCCCAGCAGGUUGGAAACCAGGAAAAGACACCAUCAAACCUGACGUCAAGCAGAGCAAAGAUUUCUUCUCCAAACAGAACUAAGAAGACCCUACUCUGUACUUUAGUUUAGGAGUUGGUGUGGACCACUUUUUUUUUAAGCUAAGAAAAUUCCUAUACAUAUACUGUCGCCUAUCUAUUGUGACUGUUAAUGCCUAUGAGAACAAAGUAUUUAGCUGUUAACUGAGUUACUAUUUUGUUUUGAGCACACACCUGUUUCUUCCUAGUCAGGAAGUGAUGUUUUUGUGUUGCAGCAUUGUGUGUUGUUCAGUUUCAUACAUCCAUUGUGCAUUUCCUUCAAAUAAAUGAAAAUUUCACAUUCAAUAAAUAAAUUACUUUUCUAUUAAAAGGUAA